CGAUGAGAGUUUGCGCGCGUCCGAUAUCAACAAAAAACCAACGAAGAAGAAGAAAAUUACGGAACGGAAGUGCGUUAAUCGAGCGGGCAUCGUAAAGAAGAAAAAAACUUCAUACUUGAUUAUAAACCGACUAACUAAAGCUUCAGACGUCCCAAGAUGUCGUCAGGCGCUCUCUUCCCUAGUUUGGUGUCAGGGUCUCGAGGAACUUCCAGCAAGUACCUAGUGGAGUUCCGUGCGGGUAAGAUGACCCUGAAGGGGAGCACUGUGACACCGGACAAACGCAAGGGCAUGGUGUACAUCCAGCAGUCAGACGACUCCCUCAUUCACUUCUGUUGGAAAGACAGGACCACUGGGAAUGUUGAUGAUGAUCUGAUCAUCUUUCCUGAUGACUGUGAGUUCAAGAGGGUGAAUCAGUGCACCACUGGACGGGUCUAUGUCCUUAAGUUCAAGGCUGGAUCCAAAAGAUUGUUCUUCUGGAUGCAGGAGCCUAAGACGGACAAGGAUGAGGAGUACUGUCGCAAGGUAAACGAGUACCUGAACAACCCUCCCAUACCUGGAGCGCCAGGCAGUGGGGGCAGUGGAAGCCUUGAGCUGUCUGCCGUUGGAGGAGAGGGGGGUCUGCAAAGCCUUUUGGGAAAUAUGAGCCACAACCAGCUGAUGCAAUUGAUUGGACCAACAGGACUCGGUGGACUUGGUGGUCUAGGAGCCCUAGCAGGGCCAGGACUAGCCAGUCUCCUUGGCAGUGGAGGAGCGGCCACGAGCAGCUCCUCCUCAAGUUCCCGUAGUCAGUCAGCAGCAGCCACUCCUUCCUCAGGUGGAGCCCCCAGACUGAGCUCCACUCAGGCUCCUACCACGCCAGUGACCCCAGCCGCUACCUCGGCUGUCUCCCCUACUGGGGUGGCCCCCUCUACACCAGCUGCUGCUCAGACACCGUUGGUCCCUGCUUCUUUAGGAAGCCCUGCCCCCAACCAGCCUAUCCAGCUCAGUGACCUACAGAGCAUACUGGCCACCAUGAAUGUACCAUCCAUGGCUGCUGCACAGGGACAGGGGGUGGACCUUGCCAGUGUGUGUACUCCAGAGAUGAUGGCUCCCAUUCUGUCUAAUGCUGAAGUCCAGCAGAGACUGCUGCCCUUCCUCCCAUCUGGAGAGAGUCUCCCUCAGAGCGCUGAGGAGAUCCAGAAUACACUCACAUCACCUCAGUUCCAGCAGGCAAUGAGUAUGUUCAGCAGUGCCUUAGCAUCAGGUCAGCUGGGACCCCUCAUGAGCCAGUUUGGUCUGCCAGCAGAAGCUGUGGAUGCUGCCAACAGAGGAGAUGUGGAGGCAUUUGCCAAAGCCAUGGAGAGUAGUAAGGGAGGAGAGUCCAAAGAUAAGAAGAAGGAAGAUGAUGAAGACAUGAGUCUGGAUUAGAAGCUCACUCCGCCUAACCUCUGCCAAGUCUCAAUAAAUUUAUGGAUUCCUGUUCUCCUCUCUACUUCAUUCAACAAGAGCCCCCCCGAGCCCUCAUCAGGCAAAGUUAAGCCAGCUCACUACAGACAUUGUGUUGUUGUGGCAACAUUCCAAACAUUGUAAAAGCUAGCUGGCAUAAAAUCAUGUCAAUUAGCAACUGCCAUGGAUCAGGACAGUGGCACCAACAUGGCUAUUCUGGGAAGAAUGACCAGACUCCCAUCUGUUAGAGCAAGGUUAUUUUGCUGCUGGUUCUGUUUUUCUCCACUCUGUCCUGUGAAAAAGAACAAGAAUCUUAACUUUACCCAUGAAAUUGAAGUGUAAAGGAGAGAGGAAUUCAUAAAGAAAUUGAACAGAGGCUAGAUUGGGUUCCAGCCUUAGUUUUUA